CACCAAUGUUGGAAACCUAAAUUAAAUCUCUCUAUAUAUUUUUUUGCAUGGUACAUGAUUGGCAACAUUUUCAGAUCAGUCUAGGCACUGCUGCUUUAGUUGGGAAGUCUCUAAUGGAUGCUGGUGAUGGCUCUCUUCACCGCCAAUUUCUCCCAAACACCAUCUCAAAACUCACCCUCUUCCUUCUUCUUCCAUUGAUCUUGACUUCGACUCCCUCGUCGUCAAGCUUGUGGCCAUCGGACCCAACUUUCGGCUUUGAAGAGCUGCCGCUGAACCAGUCCAACUUGCACAUACAGAAGCCAUACGACCUGCCGGUGAGCGACCGGUACAGCUUCAUCGAUGGAGUCCACAAGCUCUGGGUUUACUCCACCGACCACCCUCUCUCCAAGGGCAGCCCCACCCGGCCACGCUCCGAGAUCAUGCUCAAUCAAUACAUUUACUACUCCGGAGUGUGGCAGUUCGAGGCGUAUGGAUACGUGCCAUGUGGCACCUCCGGUGUGUGCAUCACGCAAGUCUUCGGGGCGCAGUUCCCUCGGAACACGACCCUGAUGCUCAGAGUCUACAACGGUUCCUUGUACUACUACCACGGCACGGUCUUGGUUCCAAACAUCUACGACCGGUGGUUCAGGGUCAACAUCAUCCACGACGUGACCGCGUCGAACCUGAAGGUCUACAUCGACGGCGAGUACAAGUUCGAGACGAUCGGUUAUGGGGGGACCUUCCAUUACUUCAAAUGCGGAGUCUAUGCACAGGACAACGCUUCCUACUACAUGGAGUCAUGUUGGAAGGGAAUUAGGGUUUUGAAGAAGGGUGACUGAUGAUG